AUGAGUAUUGAUAUCGAAAAAACUUCCGAAGCUUUGGAAGCGUUGGCUUCUUGGGAAGAUGGGAUGGAAGAAGUUGAGAAGGACGUUGAGCUUUUUAGGUUAAGAAAGGUUGCUCCACUGUAUGAAAGAAGAAAUGUGCUGAUUAAGGACAUUCCUGGAUUUUGGAGUAUAGUAUUGAACCAGCAUUCGGAUUUUGCUAAUUAUGUUCGGGCAUCAGAUUUUAAAUACAUCGAUGCCAUCAAAGCGAUUGAAAUCAAAUGGCUAUGCCUAGAUGACUCUACUGUUAAUCCUCGUAAUUUUGAGUUAACUGUGGAGUUUAAUGGCAUUGAUGGGGAUUUCGAGAAGCAAAUUGUAACAAAGGUUUUCGAAAUUGAACAUGAUGUUUCGAAAAUCCGUUAUAGAGAAAAAAGGACCGAAGAAGAUGAUGCUUUGGAUGAAGAGUUAGGAUAUUUGACUAGUAAACCAGUUGAUAUCAAGUGGCCGAAAAGUUACGAUGAAAUAAAUCCCGAUUUAAUUACAGAUAAAAGGAGCAGCGUUGGGAAAAGGAAUUACCGGAGCGGUAUGAAGUCUUUUUUUGGAUGGUUUCGAUGGACAGGAUUGAAACCUGGUAAGGAGUUCCCUAAUGGAGAUGGGCUAGCUAACCUUUUUAUUGAAGAGCUGUACCCUUAUUGUAUAAAAUAUUAUACAGAUGCUCAAAGGGAUGUUGCUGAUGAGAGUGAGAGUGAUGAAGAAGCAAGUGAUGAGCCCAUACAGCUUGAUUUGAGUGACAAAGAGGAAAGUGAAGAUGAAGACGGUGUCCUUCGCAGUGAAAAACGGAGAAAACUAUGA